UUCGUUGGAACGGGGCUCGUCGAGAUGGUGCGCAUAUAUGCUCAGACCCUGGGCGUCUCGUGCUCCUUGGAAUCUACCGGAAACCUGCAACGUUCGCGCUUCCCCGUCUUCGAUCUCCGCUUCCUUCCUCUCCGAUCGCAUUCCAAUGGAGGCGAGAGCAAGCGAAGAAGGAGAAGAAGCAGCCUCCUCUCCUGCACCUUCUUCCUCUUCUGCAGAAGUGAACCAGUGGAUUGAGGCUCAGAAUCUGCUCCGCCGGAGGCUGAUCGAGCGCGACGAUUUCCCGUGGAAGUUGCCGGGAGGCGGUGCGGCAGAAUCGGGCGACGCGAGUGGCGGCGAGGUGCUGAAGUACGUCGGUGGCGUCGACAUGAGCUUCGCCAAGGACGACGGCUCGCUGGCUUGCGCGACGCUCGUCGUUCUGGACCUCUCGACGCUGCAGGUCGUGUACGAGGACUUCGAUGUCGUCAGGCUUGAGGUCCCUUACGUCCCUGGCUUCCUCGCUUUCAGAGAGGCCCCUGUUCUUCUGGAACUUCUGGAGAAGGUCAAAAGAAGUGCGAAGGAUAUCUGUCCACAGUUAAUAAUGGUGGAUGGAAACGGAUUACUUCAUCCUCGAGGUUUUGGACUAGCCUGCCAUCUUGGUGUUCUGGCUGAUCUCCCCACCAUUGGGAUUGGAAAAAAUCUGCAUCAUGUGGAUGGUCUGACUCUAUCUGGAGUGAAGCAGCUUCUAGAAGCCAAGGAUAACUUCUCUAAAGAUCUUCUCACUUUGACUGGAUCCUCCGGACGCACAUGGGGUGUGGCGAUGAGAUCAACAUGGAACACGUCAAAGCCUAUAUUUGUGUCAAUUGGGCACCGUAUAUCCCUUCAAACUGCUGUGAAAGUUGUUGGGAUGACUUGUAAAUAUCGGGUCCCAGAGCCGGUCUGACAGGCUGACAUCAGGUCAAGAGACUUCCUUUGCAAGAAUGGUUAUAUCUGUUAGGGAGCUAAUCAGGGAUUGAGGAACAAUGGCUCAACCAUUGGAGAAGAAGAGAGAGAGAAAUGGAGGAUUUGACAAGCAAAAUAGCGUGAUCAAAAGUAGGGCUAAGGUUCCCAUUCCCAUUCUUUGGGGAUUUUUAAUAUCGACCCAUCCAACGCUAUCUUUCCGAUUGUCAAAUUUGUACUCUGCUUUCUUCAGCAUCGCCUCAUUUUUGUGGAGUUUUGCUGAUGUUAGUGAUGGCUGAAUUGUUUCAUAGUGAGAUGUUUCUAAGUGGGACAAGAGGCGCGAGUUGGUUUCUGCAUUCACUGGAAGUGCUGUUGAUUUUUGGUUCGCCUUUUGCUGCUUUAUUUAUACUUAUGAAUUGGUUUGAUCACGUUUUCAUUCAUCUGUCUCUAAACGCUCUGUUUGUGCUAACUGAAUGAGAAUCUGUGAUAAAAAGUGCUUCCCUUGCGAAGAAAAACAAGGGGAAAUCAAACCGAAAGUGGCUGAGAAACUAAUUCAUCGAGUCAAUUUUGUUUGGAUUGGCGGUAUGAUUGUUACUCUCGACAUUAGCUUCUAUUCUUCUUCAUUUUGAUUUAUUUUAUUUGGAUAUUAUGGAGAAUGAGAUUGAGCGCAGAUGAUGUGUUUCUUCACUUUGAACUGAUUGGAGAUAAGCAUGAUCGAUGCGGACAUGUUCUUGAUACUGAUGCGCUCUUGGAACACUUUCAUCUCUUUCCCUCCAUUAGUUCAAUUGAUUUCAUGGGUAUUUUAUUUGUUUUGUUUGAUUCAGCCUUUGUUCAAACUAUAUUGGGCUGGAAGACUUAAAGAAUACUCUUAAAUGGCUUGAAGAUGUCAUCCUGUUCUUGAACCUCGAAGAGUCAUUGUUCUGAGCUUCC